AAUUUAUUACAAAUUUCAUUACAGCACUCCAAAAAUGUUUAAAAUGCAGCGAACUCCAGUCCACAUAAAUAGACUUCUACUUUUAGGUUGCGCAUAUCUAAUCUUUUUUUUGCCAUUGACUUUAGCACGAAUACCAAAUUGUGAGUUCCACGAUACUGUCAAUAUAACUGGUAGUUUACGCUACGACAACGGUUCCUAUUUGCAUGAUGGUGUGAUAAUACCACCUAAACUCAUCGGCGAAUAUGAUUAUGAGGUGCUCUAUGACGGUCUUGAAUUGACUGUGGGGAAACAUGUACGCGGUUGUAUCUGUAAACUAAAACCUUGCGUUAAAUUGUGUUGUCGCCCAAAACAAAUUAAAAAAGAAAACUUAAGAGAAUGUGAAAUUGAUGCUAAAACAGAACUUGAACUGUCACCUUACGUGAAUAUAACUUUCAGCAAUGGUACGGAGCAGAGCAUACAUGUAUUAGAGGAAUUUUAUGUUCAGCAUGGAAUACCCUGUUAUGACGCUUACAAGUUGACACCAGAUAGCGAGGAGGACGAUGAAUGGAAACUCUUCGAGAAUGGCACAUUGAUGCGUUUGUUUGACAAUGCCUUAAUGACAAAACGUGAUUAUUGCUUAACACCACAUGAAGUAAGUGGUGUAUAUUUGCUUACUCCAAUGAAUUGUCCAAACUAUGAAGAGCAGUCAAAUAAUCACUUCGCUAACAAUCUUGCAAUGUUAAUAUCUAUACCCUUUUUGGUGUUGACAAUCUUUGUGUAUGUCUUCAUACCGAAAUUGAGGAAUUUGCAUGGAAAAUGCCUUAUUUGCUACUUAUUUUCUUUAACGGUUGGUUAUAGUGUCCUGGUAACCAAUAACUAUUUCAGCAAACAAUAUAAUGAUUUCACUUGCAGUUUUGUAGGAUUCAUGGCUUAUUUCUUUUUUAUCGCGGCAUUUUUAUGGUUAAGUGUGAUAAGUUUUGAUCUCUGGCAUAAUUUCCGAGGCACCAGUUGCAAUGUUAACCGUUAUAUGCAAAACAAACGUUUUGUUAUUUAUUCUCUCUAUGCAUGGGGAAUUGCUGGGAUUCUCACUUUCGCAACCAUACAGGGUCAACUAUCAAGUAUCGAUAAUCAUAUUAAACCCGGAAUUGGCGACGAAUAUUGUUGGCUUAAAACCGAUGAUUGGUCAGCUAUGAUAUAUUUCUAUGGGCCGAUAAUGUUACUAAUUUUAUUUAAUGUGAUUAUGUUUAUACUGACUGCUACAAAAAUUUAUCAAGUUAAAAGGGACUUGGAGCGUAUUGUGGCUCGUGAAAAUGAUCAGAGGUGUUUGCGGUCAGAGAAAGAAAAUUUUGGUUUAUUCCUACGUUUAUUUAUUGUGAUGGGAAUUACUUGGAUGCUGGAAGUUAUGUCGUAUUUGGUAGGCUCUGACAACACUUGGUCCAUAUUUUUUUAUGUACCGGACUUUUGCAAUGCGGCGCAGGGAAUUAUAAUAUUUGUACUUUUUGUACUUAAAAAAUGGGAAGAGUUACGUGAAGACGUAAACAACGACCCUUGGGGACUUGGCUACAAGAUCGUCAUGCGAAAAAUAGGUGCCUUGGCACCAGUUCCUGAAUUGGAAGAAAAUGUGAUGGAUAACAUCGUAAAUUCUCUUUUUCCGGAUCAUGAAAUACGCAGAGACUGUGAAAGGGUACUCACCGAUGAUCCACCGCUUUUUACGGAAGAGGAACUUAAAACCGCAGCACGUUCUCUGAAGAAUAGCAAAGCCCCAGGACCGGACGGUGUCCCAUCUGAGGCGAUUAAGCUGAUAGCAGACGACCGCCCACAAUCCCUGCUUGAAAUGUUUAACUCUUGUCUGAAGGAAGGCAUUUUUCCAGAGCCCUGGAAAAAGCAGCAACUAACCCUAAUUAGCAAAGGAAAGGGCAACCCCGAGAUGCCAAAUGCAUACCGACCACUUUGUAUGCUCGACACAUCAGGGAAACUGCUGGAACGACUACUAAAACCGCGUAUAGCAGCAUCCAUUGAGAGCGCUGGGGGACUAUCCAGCAGACAGCACGGUUUCCGGCCAGGAAAGUCCACCAUUGGAGCUAUCUCUGAUGUGGCGGCAACCGUAGAAGCCGCACAAUGUGGAAAUGCUUACUCGAAGCGUAUAGUACUUCUGGCGGCUCUAGACAUUAGGAAUGCGUUCAACAGCCUACAAUGGACCGAUGUGAUCAACGCCCUUGAAGGACGCUUUAAUACACCGAUGUACUUGAUGCGAAUGAUCCGCAGCUACCUUAGCGAUAGAGAGCUUCUCUAUCACACAAGCAGUGGUACAAAAACUAAGAAGAUUACCUCCGGAGCAGCGCAGGGCUCCGUUCUUGGCCCUGAUCUAUGGAAUGCGAGCUACGAUGAAAUAUUCUCCAUUGAAAUGCCGGACAACGUACACCUAGUAGGCUUUGCCGAUGAUGUAGCCGCAGUCAUCACAGCACGAAAUGUAACCUGA